AGUCUAGAUAAAGCGAUGGAUCAUGAAGCCAGUAGAACGAUGGAGGUGGCAGCACUGGGCCGACCCUUCAGCCUUGGAAUGUUGUACGACUUGCGCCAAGAUUCACUAGUGCCAGGAAUGACUCUGUGGGACCGUGAUGACCUGGAAAAAGAUGCAAGAGAGAGACCAAACCCUGCCACUGAGUUUGAGAUAGUUGCAUCUGAAUCAAUAGAAGACAAAUCUUCAGCACUGAAUGUUGAAGCCUCACUAAAAGCUAGUUUCUUAGGAGGUCUGGUAGAGGUUGAAGGAUCAGCUAAAUACCUGAAUGACCAAAAGACGUCCAAACAUCAGGCCAGAGUGACACUGAAAUACAAAACCACCACAAAGUUCCAGGAGCUGUCAAUGAAUCACCUGGGAAGAGGAAAUGUGAAGCAUCCAUAUGUGUUUGAUAAAGGGAUAGCGACUCACGUGGUCACAGGUAUUCUUUACGGGGCACAGGCCUUCUUCGUCUUUGACCGUGAGGUGUCUAAAAAGGAAAGUCAUCAAGACGUUCGGGGCAACUUGAAAGUGAUGAUCAAUAAAAUUCCCGGUUUAGCUGUAGGAGGUGAAGGUUCUCUGAAAAUGGAAGAAAAGGACAAAGCAGACGUUGAAAAAUUCUCCUGCAAGUUUCAUGGUGACUUUUCCCUCGAGAGAAAUCCUGUGACCUUUCAAGAUGCAGUAGAAGUUUACCAAAGUCUGCCGAAGCUGCUUGGAGCCGAUGGAGACAAGGCCGUACCCCUGAAGGUCUGGCUGCUGCCACUGGUGAGCUUGGACUCCUCUGCUGCCAAACUCGUACGCGAGAUAAGUGUAAGAUUGGUUCAGGAAGCACAAAGUGUCCUGGAGGACUUCAGUGAGCUGGAAAUGAGGUGCAACGAUGCUCUGAGGACUAAAACUGCUCUGCAGUUCCCUCAGAUCAGCAAGAAGAUCAAAGAUUUUAAAAGAAUGUGCUCUGAGUUCAGGAUGGACUUUCAGCGUAAGUUGGCAAAGAAGCUUCCAUCGAUCCGAGGAGGAGGAGAAGAGGAGGCUGUGCUGGCAGAGAUCCUUAAGAGGAGACAGUCAUCUCCCUUCAACAGUGAACACCUGAACCAGUGGAUGGACUGUAAGGAGAGAGAACUCUGCACCUUGAAGUCUUUUACCAACAUGAUGAAAAACACCAAGAUCGUCUCAUUACAAGGUCUCAGUGAGGAGAUUCUGAGUGCAGAGCAUGUGGUGUGUUUUGUGUUCACUUCACUGGGAGGUUCUGAACCGUACCUCUCAGCUUUGUCACAUCACCUACGAGACCCUCAAAACCCAAAUGCUUACGACAUAGAGAAGGAACAGUGGUACCUUUCAAACGAAGCAGCCAAUGACAUGAGACACAAAGCCAAGCUGUUCAGAGACUUUGCAGAAGCCAACAAGGAGAAGCAGGAGGUGAAGUUCCUGACACUGGGUCAGACCAACGAGAAGCUCAAAGGCUCCAGCAUCUACCUUUAUGAGGACGGGUUCUCUGUCAGUGAGAGCUUUGAGCCUCCUUCAAAGCCUGAAGCUGUGACGGUCAGUGAUGUGAACCACAGCAGCGUGACGCUGGAGGUUUCUCCUCCCAGAUUCGGAGCAGACAGCGUGGCCUCCUACUCGGUGGAGUACCGUGUCCGUGGAGACGAGGCGUGGCAGCGAGAGGCGGCGCCAAAGCCUGGAGAGGUGACAGUGAGCGGUCUGAGGCUGGACACGGAGUAUGAGUUCAGAUGCAGAGCAGAGACCUCAGCGGGGGUCGGACCUCACAGUGACCUCAGUGGAUCCGUUAGAACCCUACCCUGCUGUCCUCCAGGAAAACCCCGCCUUCAACCCAACUCCAGCGAGAUCUCAGUCAGCUGGGAGCCGCCGGCCGAGCUCGGACCUGACGUCCACGUCUUGAGCUACGUGGUGGAGUUCACAAAAGCAGACAAGAAAGAAGAGCGGGUGUGGAAACAAGUGACGGCAGGAUCGGGAAAAUCUGUGAUUUCAGGGCUUCAGUCAGAGACAGAAUACGUCGUCAGGGUCCGAUGUGACUGUGGCGCUUCUGGCAACAGCAAAGAAAGCGUCAGCGCUAGCGUUAGCACAACAAAGCGAGAAUUUGCACGUCUUGCUGAACACCUCAAACACAUUAGCAAGAAAAUGAACUCUGAAGCUCCUUCCUGUUUCAAACUGUCCCUGGAAGAGGAAGAUGUUGACAUAGAUGGAUGCAGGAUGUUUAACUUUGGCAAAGAAAGCAUGAGGCAGAACCGGACCAUAAUGCUUCUAGGAGCAACUGGAGCAGGAAAGUCCACUCUGAUUAAUGGAAUGAUCAACUACAUCGUUGGUGUGGAGUGGAAGGACGACUUCAGAUUUAAACUAGUGGAUGAGGGUCAAUCAAAGUCCCAGGCUGAAAGUCAGACGUCUGAAGUCACUGUGUACAGACUCAACCAUCAGGAGGGAUUUCGAAUCCCGUUCUCUGUGACGGUUGUGGACACUCCAGGGUUUGGAGACACCAGAGGAGUUGGAAGAGACAAAGAGAUAACGGAACAAAUCCGGAGGCUUUUCAGUUCAGCUGACGGCGUCAGUGAGAUAGACGCUGUGUGUUUUGUCACUCAGGCUUCUCUGGCUCGACUGACAGCAACACAGAGAUACGUGUUUGACUCCGUGCUCUCCAUCUUUGGCAAAGAUGUGGCCGAGAACAUUGAAAUGCUGGUGACUUUUGCAGACGGCAAACAGCCGCCAGUUCUCGAGGCGAUAAAUGUCUCAAGCGUUCCCUGUCCCAAAAAUGACCUGGGGCUUCCAGUCCACUUCAAGUUCAACAACUCUGCCUUGUUUGCAGACAGCAGAUGUUCUCAUGCCUCAACCUGUGAUGACGAAUCUGGAGAUGAUGAUGAGAACUUUGAUGAAAUGUUUUGGAACAUGGGUUCCAGAAGUAUGGAAAAGUUCUUCAUAGCCUUGGGUAAAAUGACAACCAAAAGCCUGCUGAUGACCAAAGAGGUUCUCAGAGAACGGAAGCAGCUGGAAACGGCCAUCGAAGGUUUGCAGCCACAGGUUAAAGCUGGAUUAGCCAAACUUCAACAAAUUAAAUCAACCAAAGAAAAGAUCAAAGAGCACGAAACAGUCAUGGUUUCAAAUAAAGACUUUGAAAUCGAGGUAGACGUCAUUCAGCCAGUGCAAACAAUGCUCACAAACAAAGGAGUGUACAUCACCAACUGCCAGAAAUGUUCCGUGACGUGCCACUACCCAUGUGGAAUAGCUGCUGAUAGUGAGAAGCGUGGCUGUGCAUCCAUGGACGGGGCAGGGAUGUGCACUGUCUGCCCUGGUAAAUGUGUGUGGAGUGUCCAUUUCAACCAGACCUACAGCUGGGGGUAUGUUAAAGUCAAAGAGAGGAAGACACUGCAGGAACUCAAAGAGAAGUACGAAAAAGCUACGAGGGAAAAGUUGACAGUUCAGCAGCUGAUUGAGAGGCAGGAAGAAGAGAUCGUGCAGCUUCAGGACCUGGUCUUUGCCCUGAUGGACCAGUCGGCCAGCUGCAUCACCCGCCUGCAGGAGAUCGCCCUGAGGCCCAACCCUCUGACCACCCCAGAGUACAUCGACCUGCUGAUAGAGGGGGAACGGUCCGAGGCCAGAGAGGGCUACCAGGCCCGGAUUCAGUCUCUGGAAGCCAUGAAGGAGCGCGCAGUCAUCAUCUGCAAAGUCACCAGACGAGACACACUGACAAAAAGCGAGGAGCAGCUGUGCAAGGAAAGACAGGAGAGACAGGAAAAGAAAGGCUUUAUGAAUAAGGUUUUAACUUUCUUCGGCUUGUAGUGUGUUAGCUACAGCAUGUUAUGUGCAUUUACCUAUAAAAGUCUAAUCUCAAUAACUAUUUUGUUUUCAUAGCAUUGUGGUGAUUGACUGUGACUUAAAUAUGUCUUUGAAUCCAGUAAAUAGUUUCUUUUCUGUUGUUUGUGUUAUUACAACACGUUGAAGAACUAUUUAAAACUAUUCAUCUUUAUUCUAGUCACUCAUACAUGACUUAUCAAAUGUUAAUAUAAUUGAAAGCAUUUCAAUCUCUGAAUUAACCUCUAUAUACUAAUACUGUUUGACUGUGAUUGCUAUUUCAGAAUUUAUGUGCUAAAUAAACAUGUAAACCUAACCAGGCAGCCCUGUGAAUUUUAUUUUGUUGUGCAUAAUAAAAUGUGACUUGAAUCGAGUGUCAAGGCUUCAUUUAGUGGAAACCUUUAGAUGUACAUAUUAAUGCUCUUUGUUCUAAUGGUAUGUAUUCAUUACAAUACAUGAAUGAUUCAUUUUAAA